AUGUCCGAAUAGUAGGUCUUUGGUUUAAAUCAUGUCCUCUCAGCAACUUGAUAAUGACUUAUCACCCGCCGGGCGUGUACGUUAUGCCAAUGUUUAAUCUGGACAACCGUAUGUUAAUAAAUAGAGCGUGAUUUGCAGGUUGGUAUGGCAUAGUUUCCGUCCGCAAGGGAUUCUACGCAGGGGGCAUCUUCUCUUUCGAACUUCACAUCCCAGGAGAUUUUCCCUCCGAAACACCCCCGGUAAUGACUUUAUCUGACUUGCUUUUGCCCUUUACGGAGUUCCGUUAACGGGUCUUCUCUAUAACCGCGGCGAAAAAUACGUUUCCAUAACUUUUCCUCACGCCACAGAUGCUCGGUUUACAGUUGUUAACAUAUUUUUACCUAAGUUUUCCAAGUUCUCGGUUUCUUUACUACUUAUUCGUCUUUAACAUGUUAAUGACAAAUAAAGGCUCCUAGCGAAUAUUUUCGAGUCAAGCCGAAGAGGUUUCUCAGAUUUAUUUAAGAAUCUUGCUGUGAAAGGGCCACCCUUGCAACCCGAUUAGUUUGUGCUUCGAAAAGCUGGCAUAAUUACUAGCAUUCAUUUUCGCCAACAAAUAUCCGCGUCUCCUAUGAAACAGUUUCAUCACCGGCCGAUGGGGUCAUAUAAACAAUUAAUCUGCCAAAGCUAAGACACAUACCAGGGCUGAUUAUGGAUUUGUUUCCACCGCUUUCUACAUGCACAAAUGACCGUGUUCCAUGCAGAACAUUAUCAAAUUGUAUUGACUAGAUGGGAGAAAUGAAUACUCUUUCCUUCACGUACUCGGUACUCUGUUGCACACAGAACAGGACUCCAGUCAGAAAGAGGAAUGCAUUUCAGUAAUUUCCAUGCUUCAAAUCCAAAUUAUUCAGUCACAAAACUUUCCAAGCUUCCAUGUAUAACGCAUACUACUCCUCGCGUUUUGGAUUUUUUGUAUAUUUUUACUGACAGUGUGGUUAUUUAAUAUUCUUUUGUCGUUUAGAAGAUCUACCUUCCCCAGGGCUUUUACCAUCCUCACGUAAACCCCAAAACAGGCGAGCUAGAUGCCUCGGUAGAAUUCUCUAAAUGGAACCCAGGUGUUUCUCGAAUCUAUCAUUUGCUUCACUAUCUGCGUUUGACUCUGAGCGAACCAUCCGUCGACAACCCUACUCAAUGUAAGGACUCGAAUGCGAACACUGAACAGUCAACCUGGUGCAAUUACGCAAAUCCCGAAGCAGCUUAUGUGUAGGUUAAUUCCCUUUGUGACCACAAACAUAUCAUGUUCGUUCCUCAUACUGAUCUGGAUAAUUUCGAUUUGGUUGUAGUUUCGUAACCAACCCUGACGACUUCGAAAAACGUGCCAAACGUUACGUUGCAAAUUAUUCCCUCUGGUCGACAUCUGGUCCAGAUACGAGUUCUAAUCCAAUUGAGUAAGACUCAGCGUAUGUUGUUUGUGUUCGCCUUAGUGUCUUUCUAUUCUUGACUCGGCACAUCGGCAGUUCACCUCUACUUGAAUCAUGAGGUUCCAGCCACUUGACUUAACCUCUAACAUUAAAAUGGUGUACAUCUCGUUUGUUUCAGUAUUUCUGGAUGGCAAGAUGACAGUCUCAUUAACAGAAUUCGGGAACAGGUUUCAUCCUCAUCGCAGGUUAGUUUUACAUCCAACAGAUACCCUUGACAAAUACACCUUAUGUUGACCGUAAUUUUCGAUGCUGUGAGAACAAUAGUAAAACGCACCUGGCGUCCUGUCUUAAACAAAAGGGAGGUCGGGGAACGCGAAAGGCAGAUUAUGUAAGUUGCGACCAUUCUGUCGUAUUUUCGAAAAAUCAGGUCCAGCGAUAUAUCAAGUCAACGAUGUUCGAAUCUGGGCUAUACCGGACAGAAGGCCAAUUUUUCAGCCUCGCUGGAAGGCACAUAACUUUGCAUGUUUAGUGUUGGCACGAUUGCCUGCCUACAUAUCUGCCUGUUUCACACGAAUUAGCCGAGACAAGGACGGUUCUAGAUUGCAGGUAAUUCAAGUAUGCAAAAGACAUGAGUCAGUCGUCGAUAACGUUGUGGACUUACGGUCUUUAAACUCACAUGUGGAAGUAUGAAUGCAUGGACGCAAAUGUCUGCCUUGCGAACAACACAUUUCCUUUAUGUGAAAUUUCGUUUUGUACACUACGCACCUGACUGUUUCUGUUUCUUCGUUGCAGCCAUUCAAGAGUUGUGCAUGCUGCAGUGAUGCGAGUUGUAGGGGCUACUCGUGGAUCGACCCGUGCAAAAUGACACUCUUUUCCACUGAUCGUCUUGUCGACGAGAAAACUGAUUAG